AUGGCGAAGAUGGGUCUCUCGAUAUCCGUUGAUGCAAUCCAUGAUACAUUUCAGUCUCAAAUAUCAGCCCCCCAAGUUUUGGAACAAAUACCAGUUGCAAAAACUCCAAUCAUACCAGCCUUGGCAAUGGAUGUCAACAACUCAACGGUCGCAGGAAACAUUCAGGCAAUCGAGAGAUUAAUGGCGCAAGGUGGUGUCUUUGAUCCAGCGGAUGUGGAGGAUGGCGAGUCACCUGAUGUUACCGAGUAUGUGGUGCUUGUACAUGGAGAUCUGGGCACGGGUGAACGCAUUGCAUCUAUGCAGCAACGUCGGUCCAUUGAAACAACUCCGUGGCAGCGAUUCCAACAUGUAGUCUUUGUGCCUGGCUUGUUCCACUUGAAAAUGGCAGCUGCAGAUGCAAUAUGGAGGGCAUUAAUCCAGCCGAUGUCAGCGCGUCAGGAUCAGACAAGUCUGAUGCACGAUAUUGCACAGCUACGGCCACAUGAGAUAGGGAUUUUCGGAUCCAAGCCUGGGUUCCGGAUGAUGCACCAGCUCAUUGGCCAUGAUGGCAUCUGUCGGCAUUUGGAUUGUUGGCGGAUAGAAGUCGAAAAAAUGAACAAUGCUCACAAAAUGCUCGAUGACUUUGCCAUUUCUAAACCAAGCCUAGAGGAACUAAAGGAGAUUGCCAACCAACUCGCUCGAGAAUAUAUCACUACCUACAAGCUAACAUGA